ACGGACAGGAAUGGGAGCAGGCUCCCGCUGCAGUGGAAGGACCAUGGGGGUCCCUGCGACCCCGCUGCUGCUGCUGCUGCUGCUCCCCGUGACCCCCAUACUCCUCGUGUCCCCCUGUUUCCCUCUGACGCUGGACAUUUCCCCAGAGCUGGACCUGACCAACAGCAGCAGCGGCUGUGCCGAGCUGGACUGGAGCCCGUUCGGGAGGCACCGCCGGCUGCUGCUGCGGCACAACGGCAUCGAGGCCCUGAGCCCCUCGGCCCGCCUGGGGCCGCGGCUGGAGGAGCUGGACCUGGCGGAGAACCGGCUGCGGGAGCUGCCCCACGGCUUCUUCAGCAACGCCACGGCGCUGCGGAACCUGAGCCUGGAGGGGAACCCCCUCCCCGCCGUGCCCCCCGCCGCCUUCCAGCCCUCGCUGCGCUCCCUGAGCGUCUCCUGCCGCUGCGACGUGCUGGGCACCGUCCUGGCCCCCUGUGCCCGCAGGGGGAUCAGCUGCCGGUGCCUCACCUCGCACGGGCAUCCCUUCAACGUCACGGAGUUCCACGGCCGGGAGUGCGGGCCGGGCGCGGGGCUGGUGGCAGCGCUGGCGGCCGGGCUGGUGGCCGGGGUGGCCGCGCUGGUGGCAGCGCUGGUGGCCGCGGUUUGGUACCGGCGGAGGAAAGCGGGAGCCGCGGUGGGCGGCGGGGCAAGGGGGAAGCAGGAUCCCGCCGGGAGCCUCCGCCAGCCCCGCUACAUCAGCCGGGACACCGGGAGCGGCAGCGCCGCCGAUGCCACCGACGGCCCCGACUACGAGAACGUCUUCGUGAGUCCCGGCCGGGCCCCGGCGGGAUCGGCCCCGGCGUGGCAGGAGCCGCGCUACAGCCCCCAGGUCCUGCUGCACGAGGAUUAUUUCCUGGAGGGCGCGGCCGAUGCCGGGGACCAGCCCAUCUACGCCAACACUCUGGGCGCCACCGAGGACAUCUACCUCACCCCUGACCCGUGAGGGGCUGGGGGGCGCCGGGAGGCCUGGGGGCACCCUCUGUGUCCCUUUCCCUGGCCGUCCCCCAGCCCAGAGGGGACGGGGACGUUCCCCUGCGGGGCCACGCGUGGUUCCCACGCACAUCCUGUGGCAGCGCCUUCUGCGGGGUUUUUUGGGUUUUUUGGCAGCCCCGGCUCCCUCGUUCGCCCCAGUUCUCAGGCGGAGCUGAGGGCUGAGCUGACGUUUCCUCCCGGGGCUGCGGCCACCGACCGCGGGGCCGCCUCGGCCGCAUCCGCCGGCAGCGGCACCGGAGCCGCGGGGCCGGGGCACGGCCGGGGCCGCGGGAGGAGCCGGGGCCGGCUCGGCACGGGCUCAGCGGGGCUGACCACGGCCUCGGCUUCCUCUUCCCCUUUCGAGCCGAUGGAGAGCUCGCCUGGCGGUUGGGGACAUCCGGUGCCACCUGCUCAAUCUUUUCCUGCUAAAUCUGCUGCUUUGGGGAACAAAGAAAAAGCAAAAGCUCCUUUUUUUACUCCUCCUGGUGAGGCCCAGAGCUGUUGGGGCAUAGGGAGCCCAUGGCUUGUCUGGGUGUCCCCCCAGCCCCUGGGAGGACUCACUGUGCCCCAUUAAAUGGUUUCAUUAUCUCUAA